CCCCUGCAGAUCCACCCCCGCCCGAAGGCUUUAAAUACGCUGUGGAGCACGUCACUUUCACGCGACCUAAUCUUUGUCAGUGCACAAAAUGGCGCCUUACAGCCUCUUGGUGACCCGGCUGCAGAAAGCCCUAGGUGUGCGGCAAUACCAUGUGGCCUCAGUCCUGUGCCAACGGGCCAAGGUGGCUAUGAGCCACUUUGAGCCCAAUGAGUACAUCCGAUACGAUAUGUUGGAGAAGAACAUUAACAUUGUUCGCAAACGGUUGAACCGGCCUCUGACCCUCUCAGAAAAGAUCGUGUAUGGACAUUUGGAUGACCCCGCCAACCAGGAGAUUGAGCGGGGCAAGACAUACCUGCGGCUGCGGCCAGACCGUGUGGCCAUGCAGGAUGCCACAGCCCAGAUGGCCAUGCUGCAGUUCAUCAGCAGUGGGCUGCCUAAGGUGGCUGUGCCUUCCACUAUCCACUGUGACCAUCUGAUUGAGGCCCAGGUUGGGGGUGAGAAGGACCUGCGCCGGGCCAAGGACAUAAACCAGGAAGUGUACAAUUUCCUGGCAACUGCAGGUGCCAAGUAUGGUGUGGGCUUCUGGAGACCUGGCUCUGGAAUCAUUCACCAGAUCAUUCUUGAAAAUUAUGCAUACCCUGGGGUUCUUCUGAUUGGCACUGAUUCCCACACCCCCAAUGGCGGCGGCCUGGGGGGCAUCUGCAUUGGAGUUGGGGGCGCUGAUGCUGUAGAUGUCAUGGCUGGAAUCCCCUGGGAGCUGAAAUGCCCCAAGGUGAUUGGUGUGAAGCUGACAGGUUCUCUCUCUGGCUGGACCUCCCCCAAAGAUGUGAUCCUAAAGGUGGCAGGCAUCCUCACAGUGAAAGGUGGCACAGGCGCUAUUGUGGAGUACCAUGGCCCUGGGGUAGACUCCAUCUCCUGCACUGGCAUGGCAACAAUCUGCAAUAUGGGUGCAGAGAUAGGGGCCACCACCUCAGUGUUCCCUUACAACCACAGGAUGAAGAAAUACCUGACCAAGACAGGCCGAACAGACAUUGCCAAUCUAGCUGAUGAAUUCAAGGAUCACUUGGUACCAGACCCUGGCUGUGAAUAUGACCAGGUGAUUGAAAUUGACCUCAACAAGCUGAAGCCACACAUCAAUGGACCCUUCACGCCUGACCUGGCCCACCCUGUAGCAGACGUGGGCACAGAGGCAGAAAAGGAAGGAUGGCCUCUGGACAUCCGAGUGGGUCUGAUUGGCAGUUGUACCAACUCCAGCUAUGAGGAUAUGGGGCGCUCGGCAGCAGUGGCCAAGCAGGCACUGGCUCAUGGACUCAAGUGCAAGUCCCAGUUCACCAUCACACCAGGCUCAGAGCAGAUCAGAGCCACCAUUGAGCGGGAUGGCUACGCACAGAUCUUAAGGGAAGUGGGCGGCAUCGUCCUGGCCAAUGCCUGUGGUCCCUGCAUUGGUCAGUGGGACAGAAAGGACAUCAAGAAGGGAGAGAAGAACACAAUCGUUACCUCCUACAACAGGAACUUCACAGGCCGCAAUGAUGCAAACCCUGAGACUCAUGCUUUUGUCACAUCCCCAGAGAUUGUCACAGCUUUGGCCAUUGCUGGCACCCUCAAGUUCAACCCAGAGACUGACUUCCUGACAGGCAAAGAUGGCAAGAAGUUCAAGCUAGUGGCCCCGGAUGCAGAUGAACUUCCCCAGUCGGAGUUUGACCCUGGACAAGAUACCUACCAGCACCCACCCAAGGACAGUAGUGGACAGCGGGUGGACGUGAGCCCCACCAGCCAGCGCCUACAGCUCCUCGAGCCUUUUGACAAGUGGGAUGGCAAAGAUCUAGAGGACCUGCAAAUCCUCAUCAAGGUCAAAGGGAAGUGUACCACCGACCACAUCUCAGCGGCUGGCCCUUGGCUCAAGUUCCGUGGGCAUCUGGACAACAUUUCCAACAACCUGCUCAUUGGUGCCAUCAACAUUGAAAACGGAAAGGCCAACUCGGUGCGCAAUGCUGUCACCCAGGAAUUUGGCCCUGUCCCUGACACUGCCCGGUACUAUAAGAAACACGGCAUCCGGUGGGUAGUGAUUGGAGAUGAGAACUAUGGUGAGGGCUCAAGUCGGGAACACGCAGCACUGGAGCCUCGCCACCUUGGGGGCCGGGCUAUCAUCACCAAGAGCUUCGCCAGAAUCCAUGAAACCAACCUUAAGAAGCAGGGACUGCUGCCUCUCACUUUUGCUGACCCAGCGGACUACAACAAGAUUCACCCUGUGGAUAAGCUAAGCAUCCAGGGCCUGAAGGACUUUGCCCCUGGCAAGCCUCUGACAUGUGUCAUCAAGCACCCCAACGGCACCCAGGAGACCAUCCUCCUGAACCAUACCUUCAAUGAGACCCAGAUCGAGUGGUUCCGUGCUGGCAGUGCUCUGAACAGGAUGAAGGAGCUGCAGCACUAAGGUCUCACCACCUGCCCGCCCUGCUCCUCGGACCCUGCUCCAUGUCACAAGUGCAGCUCUGAGGGUCUUCAAAACCGGAUCAAUCUAUCAGUCAUGGCUUCCUGCUCUGAGAGGGCGUGGCCAGGCCUCCUGCACUCCCCUCCCUCAGCCCACGGAGUGACCCGCGGUUGGGGGGGUUCUUAAAAGAAUGUUGCAGCCCUUCUUGUUUUUGGUUGGUCCAGAUCGUUCUUGAGCGGCUCCUUGCACCUAUUUAUUUUUGAUGACAAGACUCCCACCUAAAGUUUCUCUCCUGACUGACCAUUUCAAUUGUGGCUGAAGGAUUUUUAGAGACCCUUUUGCUGUUGCAAGGAAAAUAAUCAUUCAUUGACUGUU